AUGGCCUCCACACAGUCAUGGGAGGUAGCUGCCUUCGACCCCGAGUUUCAGGCUGCCUUUGCAGAGGCAAUGGGGAAACCGACAGGGCCUGAGCUGGACUUGGGAGGCCAUGGUGACGGGGUUCAGUCAAAACCAUACGAAAAGACACUUCAGUGCUGGGAACUUGAGUUCCAGGAGUUUCUGGAUGCGGAAGACUGGCCCUGGGAAGACUCGCGGCUGCAGGAUGGGCUAAGCCCCUGGGAGAACACGGAGACCUUCUUAGCGUCAUUCCAGCAGGUUGCCCAGGCUUGCCGUUGGCCCCAGAAAGAGUGGGUGACCCGGCUGCUCCCGGCCCUGGAUGAGGAAGCCGAGAAGGCCUUUCGUAGUCUGGACGAGGAAGACCAGCACAACUUCUGGAAGGUGAAGAGGGCCAUUUUGCAAAGGGAGGCCAUCAACCGGGAGCGGAAGCGGCAGCAGUUCCGGCGUUUCUGCUACCAGGAGGCAAACGGCCCCCGGGAGGUCUUCCUUCACCUCCAGUACCUUUGCCAUCAGUGGCUGAAAGUGGAGCGGCAGUCCAAGGAGCAGAUCCUGGAGCAGCUGAUUCUGGAGCAGUUCCUCAGCAUCCUGCCAAAGGAAAUGCAGGCCUGGGUCAGGGAGCGGUGCCCUGUGACCUGCAAUCGGGCUGUGACCCUGGCAGAAGAUUUCUUGAGGAAGCUACUGGCAGCCGAGGGGAAGGAAGGGCAGCAUCUUCAGGAGCUGGAAAAUGCCGCACUGGAUUAUUCCAAGCCCAAAGUGUCUCAACAGGGUAGGGACCUGCCAUGGGUCCAAAAGGAGAUCAACCUGGACACCAGUGCCUCGAGGAAGUCCUAUCCAAGUAGGGACCUGCCAUGGGCUCAGAAGGCGAUCAACGGGGACUCCAGGUCAUCGAGGAGGUCCUAUCCAAAUUACGAUGACGUCAAAAGGAGCAGGAAGAAGAGCCUGGAGCGGGGACGUUCAGAGCCAGUCGAGCGUUGCCCGAAACCUCGAGGAAGACCCCCCAGGGCCUCUCCCUACCCGGUGAAGAAGGAAUGGCGCCGUCGCUCGGAGAGACUGCGAAAGCCCAGCCCCUCUCCGCCUCGGGAAGAGACCCGCAAGAAAUUCCGCAGGGCCUCGCUUCCCCCGGAGACCCCCCGGGACAGAACGAAAAUCUGCCCGGAGUGUGGGCAGAGCUUCUCCGGGCUCUCGAGUUUCAUGAGGCACCAAGCCCGUCACACGGGGGAGAAGCGCUACGAAUGCUGCUUUUGCGGCCGGGGCUUCUGCUGGCGGUCCGACCUGGUUCGGCACGAGACCAUCCACACGGGGAAGAAGCCGCACGAGUGCCAGUUCUGCGGGGAAGGGUUUGACCGCAAGUGGCAGCGGGAGAGGCACGAGCUAGGGCACGCGAAGGUCAGGAGGAGGCUUUGA